AUGAAGAUGAUCAAAACUCGGGUUUUCUUUUCCUUCCCAUCCCACUCUAUUCCUCUCCGACCCUCUCCCCCAUCGCGGGCGAUGCCGCCAGAAGUUUCGACUCCUCUGAGCUCUUUACAAAUGUUUGACCCGACUUCGCUCAGUCCAACAAAUCUUCCGAAGAAACUCAUUCUACUCACGCUCGCCCUCCUUGAUCCUUCAUCUCCAAAAUUCCACGAACUGUCAAGGGAGAUCCAAGUGUGGUCAGACAGAGACAUCGUUGCAAGCCUAGCAACAUACGCCUCGGUCGUCGAUACGUUAUUCGACGUCCUCAAGGAGGCACAUCGGGAUACUGCGAUCGUCCAGGAUGUUUUCGACAAGUUAUGCGAAGACAUUGAGGCCCUUCACGAUCAUAUGCUCGACCUGCUUCAUACCCCGGAUACCUACCAAGUCUUUCUUACAAGUUCGGAGGACCAAUCCCAGCAAUUGCUUGACCUACUCCAAGAACUGCUUGAUCUGUUUCCGGACUCGACGGAGCGACCUGUUUUGUCCAAAGCACUGCUUCGAAUUUCUCGCGCUUCAGGCCGCCUUCCGACUUGUUUAUCGCUGUCAGGUCUCCAAAAGAUUGGGAAGCAAGUUGCCGCUGGUGGAUUCGCGGACAUUUGGAAGGGUCUUAUUCGAGGACAAAGUGUCUCCGUCAAGAUCAUGCGGUUAUUCCGCGAUGAUGACAUUCGGGACAUUCUGCAAACCUUUGGUCGCGAGGCACUCAUCUGGAGACAGCUCUCCCAUCCAAACCUCCUGCCGUUCUUUGGCUUGUACUAUCUAGACAGCCGGUUGUGCUUAGUUUCUCCUUGGAUGGCCGACGGGCAUGUUUUGGAGUAUCUGAAAACUGCACCGCCGGAUACCGACCGAGUGUCUUUGAUGCUUGAUGUGGCUCUCGGCAUUGAGUACCUGCACGAAAAUAACGUGGUCCAUGGAGAUCUAAAAGCGAUGAACAUCUUGGUAACACCAUCUCAUCGUGCUUGCGUGGCGGACUUUGGACUGUCAUCCAUCACUGAUGCGAUGACGCUCAAAUUCCCGCAUUCAACCGCGAGUGUUCGGGGAGGAACGCCCCGCUAUCAGGCUCCUGAGCUGAUCAACACCGACAAUGUCAGCCAUUAUCCUUCAGACGUGUAUGCUUUUGCGUGCGUCUGUUAUGAGAUAUGGAGUCAACUACGCCCGUUCCAUGAGAUUAAUCAAGACAUCUGGGUUGGUAUCCAGGUCUUGGGGGGGCUUCGUCCUACCAAACCCCAGGACAUGGCGGAAGAACACCCUCUUUGGCUUUUGCUCCAGGAAGCAUGGGUGAAGGAUCCUACUGAGCGGCCAACCAUGACACACAUUGUCCAUCGGCUAGUCGGUGACUCAAUCGGCGCGACAAUUCGCUCAUACGGCUCAUCGGACUGGGACGAGACAUUCAGUUCGAGAUUCAGGCGGUCUUUCCAGCCUUGGCCGCUCUUGCCGUCUUUGGACAAAAUCAAGCGCCGUCUUGUGGGCAAUGAUGAGGAGCCUCAUAUGGACUCAGACAGUGCUUCAACCUCUUCGCCCAGACCAGAGUUAACUCCACUUCCGCCAAUUAGUACUCUGUUUGCAUCCACCGGAAGGCGACGACAGAAGAAGUCCCGUCUUCAAAGUCUGUAUCUGCCCGUCUCGUGCCUCACCGCCAACCACUACGUCCCCAUCCCGACAGACGACCCUGUAGUUGAGGUAUUCGUGUCCACUCACGACCUUGAAGUCCAUCGUGUUGGCUUGUCACACAAUCUUCCCUCCCUGCCGCAAAUGAGCCCCAGCUCUUCACAAGACUCCAGCCCUGUCGGCUCUCCGCCGCCAGCAGAGAGACUCCCGGAUUUGGAAACGUUGCGUCAAGACUGCCUGCGGAUGCUAUCAAACCCGCAUCCAACGCUGACCCCACGAUCAGAACUCGGUUUCUUGACCUCCCCUCAAUUGAACGCAAUUGACCUCGAGCUUGGUGGUCGCACUCUCAUUGACGAUGCUCCCAUCCCGGAAUUUCCGGCGACCCCACGCCUCAGCUGCAGCUCUUCCUUUGAAGACGAACCUCUUAUUGAUCCCUCGGAUCGAUGGUCAGAGUCAAAUUUGGUCGAUACUACCCCCGACCCGGCAGAGACACCGUCUCCAGGCAGCAGUGCAGGGCCGACAUCGGACAGUCCCCGGCUUAUAUAUGGUCCUCCACUCCGUUCGAAACGAGCAAGUGAUCCACUUCCACUUCGACUAGCUGCCAAGAGGCGACGGACUGAGCCAGCGAUGUCCAUUCGCUCUCUUUGCGAAUAG